UAAAAAUAGCUGGAAUCAUUUUCUUUAUUGAAUGUUGUUUGUUGUUUUUGUAUAUUUUUGUUAUAUUCUUUUUUUGAAAUACUCCAUUAUACGUGUAAAGGAGUAUACGCAAGUAGAAGUAACAUUGUAGCACAAAAAUGGACAGUAACAGUGUGGGAAGAUGAAACGCAAAAUCAGAAUCAAAUAUUGAAAUAAAUGUGACACAUCCUCUGUGCUGCCUUCAGGAGCCGUCGGGAACAUCAGUCUCUGAGUGACACAGUGCUACUGUACAGUCCGGUUUAAUUUAAAAUGUAUAUUCUUCUGUAUUGCCUCACUGACAUAUGUUCACUGUGUGAUUUGUCACCGACGGACCACGCGGGUCACCUGCGGUCAGGUGACCUGCAGCGACCAGACAGAGCGUGGAGAUCAGCUUUACGCUCAGCACCUGAACGCAGCACGCCGCUCCCCCGCACCGCACCGCACCGCCUCGUCACCGCCGGAGCGUCACAUUCCCCUUCUCCUCUGCAGCCUCAGAGCUCCGAGGCGAGUCCAGGAGGAGACCCAGGACGAGGACGAGGACCAGGACCAGGACCAGGACCAGGACCCGAGCCGGAGCCGGGGUGAGGACGUCCCGGCCGCCGGAGCAGGAGCAUGUCCUCCUGAGCGGGUUGACCCGGACGUGGAGUGUGAUGCCGCCGUGUGAUGGGAGAAUCAGCCGAGCAGGAUGGGCAACAAGCAGACAACCUUCACCGACGAGCAGCUGGAGGCGUUUCAGGACUGCACCUUCUUCACUCGGAAAGAAAUCCUGCGGUUACAUGGCAGAUACCGUGAACUGGCUCCACACCUGGUUCCGCUCGACUACACCAACAACCCCGACAUCAGGGUUCCUCUGACGCUCAUCACCUCCAUGCCCGAGCUGAAGGAGAACCCGUUCAGAGACAGAAUCGUGGAGACGUUCUCAGAGGACGGUCAGGGGAACCUGAGCUUCAACGACUUUGUGGACAUGUUCUCCGCUCUGUGUGAAACGUCGCCCCGAGAGCUCAAGACCAUCUACGCCUUCAAGAUCUACGACUUCAACAGGGACAACUUCAUCUGUAAGGUGGACCUGGAGAAGAUGCUGAACAAGCUGACCAAAGGCGAGCUGACGCCGGAGGAGGUCACGCUGGUCUGCGACAAGGCCGUGGAGGAGGCCGACCUCGACGGCGACAGCAAACUGUCCUUCGCCGACUUCGAGAACAUGGUCUCCAAGGCCCCGGACUUCCUCAGUAACUUCCACAUACGAAUAUGAGGAAAGAUGUCGGACCCCCCCUCGACCCAGUGCCUGUCUCACCUGUGGAGAGUCCUCUUCUCCUGCAGAACCGGAGACCAGACUCUGGUCUGGACUAUGGUCUGGACUCUGACAUCUGGUCUGGACUCUGGUCUGGACUCUGGUCUGGACUCUGGUCUGGACUCUGACAUCUG